AUGCCCCCAACCAACAGCCUCUGGCAUGCCCAGCACCGCGCGCAACACCACCAAACAACAGACAAAACCAAAAACUACAUUUGCCCCGCAGAAACAUCCCCCCACCUCGCAACCCUCCUAAGCUUCCCCUCCCGGCGCUCCACUCUACCAGAACUACACGCCAAAACCGCCAACGAAAUAAUAAGCCUCGCAACCACAAUCGCCCCUUUCGAGCCCGUCCGUCUCCACACACGCCCAGAAGACCUCAAACAAGCCGAGACCCUCCUCUCCCAGCAGGGUAAAACCCUAUCCCCAUCCCAGCGGGCAAAUAUCUCCCUAAUCGCAGCCCCAACAAACCACUGCUGGAUCCGCGACACAGGGCCCGUCUACGUGCGCAGCGCCGACCCAGCCGACAAAACUCGCUACGCAAUCGACUUCCGCUUCUGCGAAUGGGGCAACAAGACGACCGAGUACAUCUACGGGAACGAUUGCCCCCAGCGACACGCCGACUGGCCCGUCAUGGACGCAGCGGCGCGUAUCGAGAACACGGCGUUCGCGGGCAAAGUGCUCGAACUCGAGAAUGAAGGCGCCGAGGCAGCGGAUGAGGUCGUGCGUGUUGAAGCGGAGUUGAGAUUGGAAGGAGGUGGGAUCGAGGUUGAUGGUCAGGGGACGUUUAUGGCGACGGAGAGUAGUAUUCUCGGUGAAGCGCGGAAUCCGGGGAUGGAUAAGAAGUCUGUUGAAGAUGAGUUGAGGCGGUUGCUUGGUGUUCGGAAGUUCGUUUGGUUCCCUGGUCGUGUUGGGCUGGAUAUUACUGAUAUCCAUGUGGAUGCCGAGGCGAGGUUUAUUCGGCCUGGUGUUGUUGUUGUUAGUCGGCCGCGAGAGCAUGACAACGUGCAUUGGGACAUUUACCGGGAGAUUCGCGGGGUUUUGGAGAAUGAGACUGAUGCGCAGGGCCGGAGGUUUGAGGUUUAUGAUGUUGUUGAGCCGGAUUUGGAGUUGGUUCGGGGGGAGCUUGAGGGGGAGGAGGGGGUGCCGGCGGCUUCGUAUGUCAACUUCUAUUUUGUGAAUGGUGGGGUGGUGAUUCCGGCUUUUGGCGAUGCUGAGGCUGAUAGGGAGGCUUUGGAGCUGUUUAAGAGACUGGUUCCGGAGAGGGAGGUCCGGCAGGUUUGUGUUAAUGCCUUGCCUAGGACUGGGGGUGUGUUGCAUUGUGUUACGCAGCAGGUGAUCUGA